AUGCGCGACAGGGAGAGAGUGAGGGAGCGAGUGCGCAAUCGGAGAGUGAGGAAGAGAAUUUGCGUGGAGAAGAGGCCGAAGGCCUUGAAAAGGAGUAGGAGCUUUUCUCAAGACUCAAGAAGCACAAGCCCUUCCAAUGCCUCCAAGCGUGGAUGUGAAAGCUGGGUAGAGAAAUGCAGCACAAGACCUGCAGCAGCAGCAUGUAGAGAUUUUGCUGCUGGAAGGUGUAGACAUGGCAGCGAAUGUAUUUACCUUCAUGAGGAUGGUGGUUCGAGACAGAUUGAAAGGCAUCAUGAUUCUGCAUCCCCAGAUGAAAGGGAGAGUAGAUUUGAGAGAGGAAGGCAUCAGGGAUGUGUUAGUAGGGAGAGCCUUACUGAUUCAACGCAGAAAAUCAACUAUUCACGAGAAAAAAGUUUCAGGAGGCAUGACGACCACUUCGAUGACAAGCGGGACAAUAAUGAACAACGCAAACAUUACAUGUCUAAUGAAACGUGUUUUGAUUUCACGAGGAAUAGAUGCCAUCGAGGAGCAUCAUGUAGAUAUAUUCAUCAUGAGACAUCCAUUGAUGGUGAGCGGAAAGUUAGAGAUGAAUUGAGUGGAAGGGUCCAUAAUACAAGGGAUGGAAGAACGUCUUUUGGCCAUUUAGAACCUCAAAGAGUUAGUAGUGUCCCCUGUAAGUUCUUCUUGGAAGGUCGUUGCAGGCACGGUGAAAACUGCAGGUUCUUCCAUCAGGUUGGGCCACUCAGUAAUGCUGAAGACAGGUUACAUCCCUGUGGAAGAAAAGACGCAGACUUCGCCAACAAUAUCCUUCCUAUACCUUCUGCUGGCCAGAAUUUUCAGCAAAGUGGGCAAAGUCAAAUUGCUCUUCAAGUUAUGCACGCACAAAAGUUUGCUUCAAAUUCUCCAUCUCAGCAGUUUGUCCCUCUACUUCCUUUGAACGGGAAAAUGCUGCAAGUCAUAAAUCAAAGCGGACAAAAUCCAGUCACAUCUCUUCAUGAACCUUCAGGUGCUCAUCAUUUCAUUGCCAACAUGCAGAAUCGCUCUACUCAUCCUCCUGAAUCAAACCCACAGAAAUUUGAAUAUGGGAGGCAAGCUCAAGCUGGUCUUCUUGUGCAGUCACAUGUGGGGAACCAGCAGAAUCCUAUUGUCAAUGAGCGGAUUCAGCAGAAUCAUCCACUACCUCAUAAUGGACAGAGUGAGCCAAGGUUCACUGUUAGUGGUCAGAUUCUGCAAAAUUUACCUUCUCAAGUUGGACAUAGCCGGCAGGACAUCAUUGUUACUGGGGAUACUCGGCAAAUUCUUCCUCAAAAUGUUCAGAUCCAGCAGCAUAGUUUCCCUUCGCUUGUUUCAAAUGGGCAGAUUCAUCUUGUGGCUCCUAAGCCUCCUUUAAACCCAGAGAAAAUUAGCUCAGAUGAGAAGGAUCGUCAAUUAACAUCUGAGAAUAAUCUGAACGCCCAAGCCCUGCAGCAGUCCAAACAGAUAGCUUCGGGGAAGCCUCUGCAAGAAGCCGAUUUGUCCGAAAUUAAAUCUUCUGUGUUCAAUUCUGAUAAUCUGAUUACUCAUAAGUUUGUAACCACUGAACAAGCUGCCAAAAUAACAGACCUUUCAGCAUCCUUGGUUCAGUUCUUUGGGACUGCUGCACUAAAUUCACAAACUAGAACUGGAAUAUUACCUCCUGCAGACGUCAGCCCUGGUUCUCUUGUGACUGUUGUAGCUCCACUACUAACGGAAAUUCAAGGUUCAAUAACCAAUUUGAAUCACUCAGCUCCAUCGGCUCUCACUGUUUUGGAGAAGUCUCAUAAACAAAUUCGUACAAUGGAACAGAUUCAGGAGGGUGGUGAUGCUUCAGCCAAGGAAGCAGAAAAUUUUGAAAAGCUCCAUAACAAGGAAGAACUUUCUGCACCGUUACAGAAUGGUGAUCCAGAAGUUCGUAGAGAUGGGGAUGCCAAAAGGUCCAAAGAAAACAAAGGAUUUCGGAUGUUUAAAUGUGCUCUCGUAGAGCUUGUGAAGGACAUGCUGAAACCUACAUGGAAAGAAGGUCAACUAAGCAAAGAAGCUCACAAUACUAUUGUGAAGAAAGUAGUUGACAAAGUAACAGGUUCAGUGCAGGGUCAUAAUGCUCCUCAGACACAAGAAAAAAUUGAUCUUUAUAUCUCAAACUCGAAAGCAAAACUCAGCAAGCUUGUGCAGGCUUACGUUGAGAAGUAUGUUGGGAGAUGAGCCCGAAGGAAAAGCAUCUCUAUCAAUUUUUAGUAUAUAUUAGUUUGGCCUAAGAAAGAUCUGUCGAAUAGAGCUUACAAAAGAAAUCAACAAUUCUUUUAUGCUUUUCUUCGUUUCUGUACAUUAUGAAUCUUUUUUAGUCCUAUUUUUGAUUAAAUAUGGUCAACACCCUUAUUUUGUGCAACUCAAAAUAGAUUCAUUCAUUCCUGCUAUAUUUGUUGACAAAUUGUGUGCAACUUCGACCUUGAAUUGUUAGUUUUCUUAGCA